UUGUCCAAGGAACCUGAAGAAUAUUCAGAGUCUGUGGCGAUGAUGUCUGAUUCCAGGGUGUCCUCUGUCAUCCAGGAGUGGGCAUACCAGAGUCAGGCCCACACCCACACCCAGACCCUGAACCCUACCACUUCCAGCCACGCUGGAUGCACCAAUCAGCUGGCUCAGAUGGACAUGCUACCGUACAGCCAGCCUCAGGGUCUGGUGAGAGGGAGCAGUGAUGACAGAGUGGCUGAGCAGAUGAUGGGACUGUCUUACCUGCCGUACACCUCUUCCUGUCUCAGCAGCGCCUCGAGUGCAGGGAGCACAAACCACCACCAGAGCCACGCCAACACUCAGCAGGACUUCUCUUCCUUCCUCCUGCCAACUCUGCGGGCCCCGGUAAACAAGAGGAGCAUCAGCAAGGACAGUGCAGAGUACCGCCUGCGACGCGAGAGGAACAACAUCGCCGUGAGAAAGAGCCGGGACAAGGCCCGCAGGAGGAUCAUGCUGACCCAGCAGAGGGCCCAGCAGCUGCAGGACGAAAACCAGAAGCUGCAGAUGAGGAUAGGACAGCUGACACAGGAGCUGGACACUCUCAAACACAUCCUGUCACAGAGGCACCUGCACGGAGCCGAGGAUGGAGGCGCAUCAGAGUCUAAUAUCUAGACCAACGUUUGCUCCUGGUAUUAAUGUCUAACUGCAGAUCCUAUUAGUGUUGAGGGAGGCCCCCAACACUCAAAUUCAAAUGCCUCCUUGUUGAAGUUUCACCAAAACGCGACCAUUUGUGAAAAAGUCACAUAUAGAAGAAGUACAUUUGAAAAUUAAGCAUUUUGUUGGGACGUAAAGGUGUGAAAAGGGCUCAGUUAUAGUUUGUAAAAUUGUGAGGAGAGAAGGCAGAACGCAGUGGCAGGGCUGUAGCUACCAUUGAGGACACUGAGUUCAUGUCCCCCGUCUUUUUUCUGGACAUUUUGGGGGUUUUAGCAACCAGGGAGUAGUUCUUUCUACAAUUGAUGUUGGUGAAGCGCUGUAAGCUGUCGGUGCCUGAUUAGCUCUCUGUGCUCACAAUGGCAGAUUUAACACUCAAAAAGUGCAGUCGUUUUUUUGAAACAAUGGGUUAACAAAAGCUGUCGGACAGCCGUCUGCAGCGGGGGGUUAGCAUGGUCAUUGCAAUGGUCAGUGAAAUUCCUGGCAGUGUGGAUGAGGCGUUUCAUGGUGGGAAAUAAAACGUACAGACAACAUACAUUUACAAUUAACUGAAUAAAAAAAUGUUUUUAAAAAAAUCCAAAUAAUUGUAAAUCUGAGACUUAACUUUUAGUAUCUGGUCGGAUUUUUCUAGGGGAGGGGGGACAACCUCGGCGCUCCUGCACACUGGAGCUGUGAAUAGGUGAAUUAAACACCUGAGCAUUUUGAAAAAGGGACCUUGAAGUCUCAAUACAAAGCCAGAGGACGUGUGCUGGGUUUGAAUGUAGAUGCUCCUCAGUCAUUGCAUGAAGAGACUGGAGCGUGCACAGAAACUUCAAGCGCAUGUUGAGAUUUUGUAAAACAGCUGCAUGAGAUGGAGGAAGGUUGAAGUACAGUACUGUAGAUCUAAAAAUCCAAAAUACUGCACAAAUGGGUUCAGAAAAAAAAACAGAGGGUCUAAACCUGCAUAUACUUAAACUUAAAAAUUCAAAAUGAACUUUCCUAAAAGUCCAUGAUGACACCAUCUUUACUUACAUGCACAAUCCUCACAGACCCUCCAGAAAGAAGACCCCUCUUUGCAUUAGACAGAUUUGCUAUAUGAUUUGAUUUGACUAACGUUGCCUAAUCAUCUACCUGACACUUCUGGUCAUUGUCAGAGAUGAUUGUAAGUGUUGUUGCUCAACAAGGUUACACCAUGACCUGUGGUUUGUAGAGGAUUGUAGGGGAAACCUAGAUGUCUCUCUCUGUAUAAUACUUUAUCUUUUAUCACUAAAUGAGUGUGGGACUACUUGAAAUAAUGCUGAUAUAAGAUCUAGUCUUUAACGUUGUUGAAUGUGUUUUAUUAUUUUGUAGCAAUACAUUGUUAAAGCAAAAUUUUGUCAAAGAUUUUCUUAAAUAAACAAAUAAUUGCUUGUG